AUGUCUCCCAGCGCAACGGCAGAUGUUACUCUAGCCCUGGCCGGCAACGGCAACGCGGUUGCCGAACCAACACCAAGCCCUGCUGUUGCCCAUGCCAAUUCGAGUCCUCCCGAGUUUCUCAACACGCAGCCUGGUCCUGACCAUGACUGGAGGAUCUCGUUAAAGAACAAGGUCAUCGCAAUCACUGGUGCCAACAGGGGCAUCGGCCUUGGCAUUGCCGAGGUCUGCCUCGCCAACGAGGCCGCAGUCAUCUAUUCUCUCGAUCUUUUUGAGCCCGGUGAAGAGUUCAAGGCGAUCCAAAAAGUAAACCCCAAGCGUAUUCACUACCUUCAGUGCGAUGUCACAUCUGAAGAGAGUGUCAUCAGCGCCAUCGAUGCCAUCGUGGCGAAGGAAGGCGCCAUCCACGGUCUGGUCGCCAACGCCGGUAUGACCAAGCAUCAACCUGCUCUCGACUUCAGUCGCGCCCAACUAGAACAGCUAUUUAACCUCAACGUUUUUGGAGCCUACUUCUGCGCAACGACCGUGGCCAAGCGCUUCAUUGAGCUCGGAAUUAAAGGAUCCAUCGUCUUCACCGCCUCUAUGACUUCGUACCGACCUAACCGCGCCGCUCCCUCUGCGCCAUACGGGGCAACCAAGGGUGCGGUGAGAAACAUGACGCAUACUCUUGCCAUGGAGUGGGCGAAGCAUGGCAUCCGUGUCAACUCCAUCUCGCCCGGAUUCGUCAAGACGGCCAUGACUUACUUCGUCGACCAAGCUCCCGACUGGAACCUCAAGAUGCAGUACUACGGGGGCAUGCCUCGGCUAGCUGACCCUAAGGAGCUUGGUGGCGCGUAUGUGUACUUGCUAUCGGAUGGCGCAACCUACACGACAGGGAUCGACAUCCCAGUCGCUGGAAUUGUUGGUGCAUGGUAA